AUGAAGUGUGAAACAUACCGCCCACCUCGAGCGCACCACUGCAGAGUGUGCCAAAGAUGUAUACGAAGGAUGGACCAUCAUUGUCCAUGGAUCAAUAAUUGUGUUGGCGAGUACAAUCAGAAAUUUUUCUUACAAUUUCUAUUUUACACAGAAAGUGGGAUUGAUAUUUCCUUAUAUAUUCCCUCUUCUCCUCUAUUCCUCACCAUUUUCCUAUUCCCCCCCUAUUCCUCACCAUUUUCCUAUUCCCCCCCUAUUCCUCACCAUUUUCCUAUUCCCCCCUAUUCCUCACCAUUUUCCUCUUCCCCAAUUCCUCACCAUUUUCCUCUCCCCCCUAUUCCUCACCAUUCCCCCCCUAUUCCUCACCAUUCCCCCCCCCCCCAUUCCUCACCAUUUUCCUCUUCCCCCAAUUCCUCUCCAUUUUCCUCUUCCCCCCCUAUUCCUCACCAUUUUCCUCUUCCCCCCCAAUUCCUCACCAUUUUCCUCUCCCCCCAAUUCCUCACCAUUUUCCUCUUCCCCCAAUUCCUCCACACCAUUUUUCCUCUUCCCCCAUUCCUCUCACCAUUUUCUUCUUCCCCUAUUCCUCACCAUUUUCUUCUUCCCCUAUUCCUCACCAUUUUCCUCUUCCCCCCUAUUCCUCACCAUUUCCUCUCCCCCAUUCCUCAUAAUUCCCCCCUCCAUUCUUCACCAUUUUCCUCUUCCCCCAUUCCUCUCACCAUUUUCUUCUUCCCCUAUUCCUCACCAUUUUCCUCUUCCCACUAUUCCUCACCAUUUUCCUCUUCCCCUAUUCCUCCCCCCCCAACUAUUUUUCCUUAUUUUUUCCUUAUGCUAACACUUUGCUUCUUUUCCAAGCGAGACUUCAAGCAUUAUAAAUUAUUGCAUUCCAUAGCAUUAGUGGUCGAGUCGUUAGUAUUUGGACUAUUUGUAAUGGCCAUAGGAUGUGAUCAAAUGUCAUCUAUAUUUAAUGAUGAAACUGCAGUGGAACAUGUUAAAAAAGAGGAAUACAGACGCCCCCCACGAACAAAAUACCAGUUAUUACAAGAUGUAUUUGGAAGAGGUUCUCCAGGCUUGUGGUUGUUCCCCUUACAAUUCAACCCUCCGGUGAGCCAGCCAACCAUCGCCAUCCACCUUUCAUCACCUGUGGUUCCUGCAGUUGCCAUCCUCAUCCUCAUUAAAUGUUGUUUUGCAACUCAUAAAUACUGCUGCCAGCUAAUCGGCUCCGUGUCUGUUCCUUCUUGUUUCUUGCCUUCCUUAUUGUGGCAGGAAGAAGCUGGUCACUGGCUGUUCUUGUACCUGGCGGCCAGUCAGUCAUUUUUUUAUAUCAGAUGUAACGAUUGGGCGGCUGGCUUCUGGUAG